AUGGCUCGUAGGGUUGGAAUUCCUGUUAACAAGCAAAAGUUGAAGUUCGAGUACAGACCUGUGGGACCGAAACCUAAGGGGGACGGUAACAAUGCUUCCAGCUCUAAUACGUUCAGGUCGAAUAAUCCAUUUGAAAUCCUUAAUGCUGUUGAUACAGGCUCCGGCCCAAGUAAUUCGGGUAGGGGCCCAGACGAUUCUGAUGAUGAUGAUGUUAUAGAGGGUUAUAACGAGAUGGAUGAUUUUAUGAUGAAUGGGUCGCUGAAUAUUAAUAGUAAAAAAGGGGCAAGCACUCCUUCUCUAGAGGUUAAAGAUGAGGUUCGUCAAGCGGUAAAGGAUUAUAAUCUUAGUUUGUGUGCUAUUUUGGAAUCUCAUGUUGAUAUUGGUAAGCUUGAUAAAAUUUGCAAGUCCGUUUUUCGCAAUUGGGAUUGGACGUCUAAUGGGGCCAAAUGUGAUAAGGGUACAAGAAUUAUUAUUGGUUGGAAUCCAGCAGUCUUUGAUGUCAUGGUGUUAGACCAAUCUGAUCAGGUUAUGCAUCUCCAGCUCAUUUUUAAACUAGACAGGCGAAGGGUGUUUUGUUCUAUUGUGUAUGCGGCUAAUUAUUACAUUUCCCGUAGAAGUUUAUGGCAAAAUCUUUCAAUGAACAAAGUUUUAGUGGGUGGUGACCCCUGUUCGGGUUUCCAUUUUACGUGGAACCAAAAACCAAAGAAGGGAGUUGGAUUACUAAAGAAAAUUGAUCGCGUGCUAGGAAAUACUCAGUUUGUGACUCUUUUCCCGCGAGUAGUGGCCUUAUUCCACCCGUAUAGACUGUCUGACCAUUGUCUAAGUAUACUAAAAAUCCCGGAAGCUGGUAAAUUGAAACCGAGAUCUUUUAAAUUCGCUAACUUUUUGGUUCAUAAACCAGAAUUUCUUGAUAUUGUCACUCGGGUUUGGAACACUAGAAUCAAUGGAGUGCACCAAUUUUGUGUUGUUAAAAGGCUGCGGCUCCUCAAGAAGCCUCAUCGAGCAUUACUAUUUAAACAAGGAAACCUGCAUAACAAAACCAAAGAUCUCCAGGCGAAACUUGAUAGCCUUCAACAGUCGAUUGAUCGUGAGCCUUCGAAUGUGGUCUUACGAGCUGAAGAAGCCACCAUUAUGAGUAGUUAUCAAGAAGCUUUACUGGAUGAGGAACGCUUUCUGAAACAGAAAUUAAAAGUUGAUUGGUUACUAGCGGGUGACAUGAAUACUGCUUUUUUUCACUCGUCUUUGAAAAAUAGAAAUCAUCGUAGUAGAAUUGAUGUUAUUCAGGAUUCGGUUGGUAAUGUGUUUGAAGGAGAUAGGGUCCAUGAUGCGUUUGUUAGCCAUUAUGAAAAGUUUUUGGGUUGUGAAGGGGACAUCUCGCUCCAACCAGCGCCUGAUUUAUUCUCUAAGAAGCUGAACUCGGCUACGGCUAACCACAUGAUACGAUAG